AUGGCGGCCCGCGGGAUGGCUGCGACGGUUUGCCUGGCGCUCCUGGCGCUGCUCUUUAGCUCUGCAGUUGCCCUUCCCACCGCGACUGGCAGCUAUGCCACGUUCUCGAUGGUGAUCAAGAUUCUGGACACGGACGACACCGUCGCCACGACCUCGAGCAACAACAUCCGCAUCGGCACGGCGAACCUCGCCGGCGAUGUCUCGGAUGCCGAGGUCGUCAAGAUCAGGAACGCCGUCAACACCGUUGCUGGCUUCACUGCCGGCCAGACCAACGAGUGCCUGACGUACGUCGACCUGUCGGAGACCACGGGCACCAUCUACACGUACCUGCACGUGCGGUGCUUCUGCGACACGGCGGCCAACUGCAACACCGCCCGCGAGCGCUUCACGGACAACGGCGUGACGAACGGCAACUCGGGCGUCCGGGCCAUCCGCGACCAGCUGAACACCAACAGCGUGCUCGGCCUGGACGAGACCCUGACCGCGACCGGCCGCACCGACUUCGACGACGGCGCGAUCGAGAUCAUCCGCACGAACGUGUACACGAUGGGCGCCCCCGGCGACGCCUACGAGGUCAUCUCGGUCAAGGUGGACCUGGCCGACAACGACAGCACCGGCACCGUCGCCUCGUUCGCCGCCGACGCGGUCGUGAACCAGCUCUGCCAGGCCGCCGGUCUGCUCGGCCCCACGCUCGUCGCCGCGGAUGGCGAGAUGCAGCCGGACAACCGGUGCUACGUGUUCGUGCCCCAGGGCGCCACCACGAGCCCGGCCUCGGCCUACAUCCGCAUCUACCUGCCCACGGGCGCCGCGGGGAGCGCGAACAUGAUGGCCGCGUCCUACGUGAAGUCGCUGAUCGACGGCCCGACCUCGAUGGCCACGCAGUACGCGCGCGUCCUGCAGUCGCGCACGGCCGGCAUCGCCGCGAAGACGGUGGUGGCGAACGUGAACUCGCUCGGCGUGACGGUGAGCACGACCACGCAGGUCACGGUGACGCUGUCGGCCGACGCCGACAUCACCACGGCCACGAACGAGUACUACACGGUCAUGUUCAAGGUCGACACCUCGGAGCAGUUCCAGGGCGGCACCGGCGCCACCGCCGCCGGCGUCAACAUCAACGCCGACGCCCGCGACGAGAUCUGCCACGCCGCCGGUGUGUCGCCCACGACGGCCCGCAUGGGUCUGGCUGAGGGCACUGCCUACGGCCUCACCACCACCACGGGCACCUUCGACUCGGCGAUCCGCUGCAUGGUCGUGACGCUCCAGACCGACUCGAGCAACACGCGCACGGCCGCGUCGUACGUGUACAUCUACGUCAAGGACGCGACCUCGGCCGCCUCCAUCUCGACGCUGGUCAACCUGGACUACUUCGACGCGUUCAUCACCUCGGAGAACAAGGCCGGGUUCGAGGACGCCGCCACCGCGACGCUGACGGCGCCGACGACCACGCACGUCGGCCGCUACGACGGCGACACGGUGCAGUACCACACGGCGGUCGUCCCCGCGACGCUGCAGUCGGUCGGCUCGGGCACGGGCACGGCCCAGGUGGCCGUCGCGGACGCCACGCCCAACGGCGGCACCGCCGAGGCCGACAACGGCCGCGUCGACAUCGCCCUGAGGCUCGGCCUGAUGCAGCACCCGGCCGACAACGUGCGCGGCGCCAUCAUCGUCGCGCCCUGGAAGAAGAACUCGGGCGACAACAACGGCGUCAACUACGUGAUCAUGCACCGCUACGUGACGCACGUCGAGGACGUCGUCACGACGUUCGACUCGAGCUCGCUGCCCAACAUCCUCGACGCCAUCGUGGACACGGACUUCAGCGGCGCCGCCGUCGGCAUCCCCGCCGUCUCGGCCGCCUACCAGGUCCGCAUCAACGAGAUGAACACGAACUUCCUGUUCGACGAGGAGACGAACAACGGCAACACCGCCGACCGCGAGGUGUUCACCAACCACUACGGCGAGGUGGUCACCUUCGCCCGCGUGUCGACCUCCAACGCCGCGUUCGACGUCGGCACGACCACGGAGGCCGCCGGCGUGUACGGUGGCGCCAUCCAGAUGCUGUCGGGCCUCGCCGGCGGCGACUACGACGCGGCGGUGGACGGCUACGCCAACACCACCCCCGAGCAGCUGGAGACCAAGGCCACGGAUGUCACGGGCGUGAACAACAAGUACACGCUCCGCGCCUACCUGUCGACGAAGGACCACCUGGUGGCCCUCGACCUCAAGGCCAAGGUGACGAACUCGGCCAUCAACACGCUGAUGCAGAACAUGUACAACCUCGAGACGACCACCGUCGACACCGCCGCCGGCAACUCGUACGAGGAGACGACCUACACCGCCGACGAGGUGUUUGCGGGCGGCAACGUGGGCCUGUACUCGGGCACCAACGAGUUCACCGACAUCGACCAGCUGACGACGACCACGACGACCGACGCGCCGCUGGCCAAGUACCUGAUCUCGUUCGAGACGACCAUCCGCCGCGGCGCCAACUCGCGCGCCACGGCGCUGCCCGUCACCACCUCGGCCGACAUCAUCAACCUGAAGCGCGCCCUGCAGUUCGUGUCGGGCAUCCACGCCACGAACAUCGAGGUGUUUGACGGCGAGGCCGACUCGACCGCCGCCACGGCCACCACGGACCGCAAGCUGGUCGGCUUCAUGUUCUGCUACGAGUCCCAGCUCGCCACGUACGCCGUGACGCAGCUCGCCUCGGCGACCCGCAUGCAGACGUGGCUGCGCCGCGAGGGCUGGCUCGAAUCGACCGGAGCCAAUGCGGGCAGCGUGGUGGACUCGGCGGCCACCCAGGCCACGGUCACGGAGCCCCUCCACACCGCCACGGGCACGGACGCCUCGGCCACGGCCGAGAAGGAGUUCAUGUUCUACAUCGACUCGGCGGCCGCGGGCACGGCGGGCAUCAACUUCAACCCCGCCGGCACGGCCACGGGCGGCGCCUCGGGCGCCACCACGAACGACAACGACGACGCGCUCAAGGUCGCCGUCUCGGCGGUGACGGGCGUGCCCACGGACAACAUCAGCCUGCGCUACGGCAAGAAGCUGGCCGCCGACGGCACCCUCGACACCACCGCUGGCCGCGAGCGCCAGCGCGCGUUCGUCAAGGUGCAGACCAAGUCGGGCGCCGCCAUCUCGGAGCCCACCGACGCCACGGGCCUGCAGACGUGGUUCCGCCGCGUUGGCACGGGCCUGUUCAACGAGGCCGCCCUGCUCACGUUCGAGAAGGUCCGGACGCUCGACCACACCGCCGAGGUCAGCUACGCCUCGUCGCACUUCAAGAUGAUGUUCCAGCUGACGUUCACCAACGCCGCCGGUGCCGCCAUCAACAACGUGGACGCCGGUGAGCUGGCCCAGGCCCUGGGCGACGCCGUCGGCGUGUUCCAGGACCCCCUGAACGACAACGCCGAUAACGACGCGUCGGCCACCGCCGCGCCCAACUUCCAGCCCACGGUGCAGCAGGUGCCCAACGGCGGCAACGUCUGGUGGUGCGUGGUGCGCGCCAACACGGCCGCUGAGCUGGAGACGUUCCGGACCUCGUACCUGGGCAACUCGGAGAACCUGGAGAAGGUGCUGCGCUUCUACAACUCGAUGGAGGACGUGCAGACCGCCGCCGUCGCCGCUUCGGCGACCACGGACUACCACAACCGCCAGGUGGCCGAGCAGGAGCCCGCGCCGACCACGACCCCGGACACGACGACUGUCGACCCGAUGCACGAGGACAACGUCAACACCGCGUUCGCCGUGGUGUUCGCCGUGCCCACGGGCACCGCCACGACGACCAUCUCGAACAACGUGGCCACGGUGGACUACGCGGUGCGCGAGUACUUCUUCCGCAUCGACCAGCCCGACACCAAGAUCUUCUCGACCACCACGGGCACCGUCCGCGGCACGGCCACCACGAGCGGCCAGACCGUGACGGUCACGUACGGCUUCCGCUUCAACGACGCCGACAAGGCCCUGUUCGAGGCGCGCCAGGCCGGCUUCGACCAGGUGCUGUUCAAGGCCAUCAUGAAGUACGUCGGCACCGCGGGCCUGAACGCCGGCGGCAGCGCCACCGGCCAGACGUCGGUGAACACGGCCGCCACGGUGACGAUCACCGCCGGCUCCUUCACCCGCCGCGUCCCGGCCGUCAACUACCUGCUCGACAACGAGAUGGCGUACACGACCACCAAGUUCACCGUCACCAUCACGGGCGCGGAGGACCUGGCCGUGCGCAACAACUUCCUGGCCGAGAGCAACCAGAACCAGGUGACGGACACCUCGGGCACCCAGCUCGACUACACCUCGGAGAUCGCCAAGCAGAUCUACACCGACCUGGGCCUGGACGCCACGAAGGAGAACACCUUCAAGGGCUUCCCGCUGUGGUACAACAAGCAGGCGACGAACGCGGCCAACCCGCUGCAGUCGACCGCGGACAUCUACGCCGACACCAUCAUCAUCACGGGCAUCGUCUCGCGCGAGACGACGCGCACCCUCAACAUCGGCGGCCUGCAGACGGCCCUGGCCACCUGGAUGGGCGGCCUGACCUACGGCCGCUACUCGGGCACCGUCGCCGUCGCCACGGUCUUCGAGUACACGUGGCCCGCCCGCGUGUACGAGCUCACCUCGACGCAGAUGGAGGCCGAGCACUGGGUCGUCGAGCAGCUGUCCGACUACACCGACGUCGCCAAGCCGACCGCGGCCACCCUCAGCGCCACCACCUCGCGCUCGCGCGCCAACUGGUGGGCGUACCUGGGCUUCAACCCCCGCGAGUCGGUCCCGGCCCGCGUGAACCCGACCUCGGCGACCAAGCAGCCGCGGUUCUUCGCCGACUUCCCCUUCUACUCGGUGUCGGAGGCGGAGGCCACGGCCGUCAUGCAGGGCGUGAACUACUGGGUCGAGGUGGGCCUGCCCAACACCCUGCCCAUGGUUGAGGGCGUGAAGAAGGCCUCGGGCACCGGCGCCAUCGACGGCUUCUCCACGGGCGCGGACCAGUACACGACGCACUACGACGAAGUGACCGCCGCCAACAACGCGUUCCAGAACACGCGCACCAACACGGCCAACCGCCCGGUGUGCAAGGUCCGCAUGUACAAGCGCCCGGCCGUGGCCACGGUCACGCGCGACGACGGCUUCUACCGCGUGUACGCCCAGAUCGACUCGACGGAGGUGCACAACUCGAUCGGCGCCGCCAGCACCGCCGGCGCCAUCGCCACCACGGGCGGCGGUGACUACGGCACGGCCUCGACCACGGUCGUGGUGACGUACGACUCGGAGAAGAUCCUGCGCGAGAACGUCGCGGGCAUCAACCCCCUGGACACGCGCAUGUCGAUCCGCCGCGAGUUCUUCUACAACUUCGUGGACAUCACGGCCAACCGCCACCACGCCGACGCGCCCCAGGGCAACAAGUACGACAUCACCAGCCCGCAGAACUCGGUGAUCAUCUCGCUCGACACGGACUCGGAGACGGAGGCCAACGCCAUCAAGACGGGCAUGGACGCGAUCCUGGCCUCGCAGGUCGUGGGCGGCCUGUCGAACAAGCAGAACAACAUCCUCGGCUACGGCCUGGCCGCCGCGCUCGGCAAGGGCCUGACGGACGUGACGCCCAUCAUGGACACCACGGUGACGGCGGUGACGGUGGCGCCCAAGGUGGUGUCGCUCUUCCCGGUGAACAAGGUGUGCCAGACGUGGUACGAGGUGACGUGGUCGAUGACGAUCGACUCGGACUACCACCUGAACGAGGACGCGGACCAGCAGAACGCCGUCCUGGACGUUGUGCGCUCGGAGAUCCGCCGCACCGUGGGCGUGGACAAGUUCGACGCCAUCACCAUGACGGCCCCCACGGGCUUCACGGCCCUGCCCACCUCGCGCCGCAAGCUCUCGUCGCGCGUCUACACCUUCUCGUUCACCUACGAGGCGUUCACCCAGGACGACGCCGCCUCGGUCACCACCGCGCUGACCACGGGCGACGGCCAGACCUCGUGGAUUGACUCGGCCGUCGCCAAGUCGCUCCGCGGCCUGGUCGACGAGCGCCUGGACGAGAACGACGUCUCCGCGCCCCCCGUCUCGUUCGACGAGGCCAACGGCGGCGAGACCGGCGACCUCGACGUGGACGCCACGGCCCACACGGCUGCCGUGUCGCGCUCGGGCAUCCCCCUGGUCCGCACCACCUCGUUCGCGACCCGCACGGUCCUCGCGACCAACCCCACGGCCACGGAGUGCACCAACGUGGUGAACACGACGGCCCCGGAGAACACGUUCGCCUCGGCCACGGUGUCGUACUCGUCGACGCUCCGCACCGCCGCGCAGUGCAACUCCACCGCGGGCAACGCGACCACCAACGCCGCCCUGCUGGCGUGCACGGCCGCCGAGAUCGACCGCGUCGGCCCGGCCGACACGGGCGGCGUGUGGACCACCACGGGCUCGCUGGCCUCGCGCCGCGCCAUGCUGCAGACCACGGGCAACUUCAACACCCGCAUCGUCAUCGAGGCCUCGGGCCGCACGGACGUGAUCAACAAGCGCACCGCGCUCGAGACGCUGAUCAACAACGGCGGCAGCGGCCUGAUCGCCAUCAUCAACAAGGCUGGCGUGACGGUGGACACGGCCACGUUCCGCGUCGUCAACGCGCCGCAGGCCACCCUGGUCGGCGUGCCGCUCGGCGGCGCCGCCAUGGCCACUGUGUCGGCGCUGCUCGCGGCGCUGGCGCUGCUGGCCGUGCUGGCGUAG